AUGCCGAUUACCAAGAAGCGCAAGGUCGCACACGCGGCACCUGCUGAAACGGUUGAAGAGAGCGAUGCUUCUGCACGGUCUCCAAGCCCCGAAGCUGCAGUUGAGGAGCAGGAUGUCGAAGAUGCUUCCUCCGAAACCGAGCCCAGUGCGCCCAGCGCCCCCAAGACAUUCAAGGAGCUAGGCCUCAUUGACUCACUCUGCGAGGCUUGCGAGAAGAUGGGAUACAAGGCACCUACCCCAAUUCAGGCCGAAUCGAUUCCGCUGGCACUUCAAGGUCGUGAUAUUAUCGGACUUGCGGAGACAGGUUCCGGAAAAACAGCUUCUUUCGCACUGCCUGUACUUUCUGCCCUGAUGGAUAAGCCCCAGCCAUUCUUCUGUCUCGUCAUGGCUCCCACCCGUGAACUCGCAUACCAGAUCUCACAAUCGUUCGAGUCCCUCGGCUCAACAAUCAACGUGAGAUCCACCUGCUUGGUCGGUGGUAUGGACAUGGUUCCCCAAUCGAUCGCCCUGGGCAAGAAGCCUCACAUUAUCGUUGCCACACCCGGCAGACUUCUCGACCACCUCGAGAACACCAAGGGCUUCUCCCUCCGCAAUCUGAAAUACCUCGUCAUGGACGAAGCCGACAGACUCCUCGAUAUGGACUUUGGUCCCAUCCUCGAUAAAAUUCUCAAGGUCCUGCCUCGCGAACGCCGCACCUUCCUUUUCUCCGCAACUCUUAGCUCAAAGGUCGAAUCCUUACAGCGAGCUUCACUGUCAAACCCUGCUCGCGUGUCGAUCUCCACCAGCAAAUACGCUACAGUGCAGACCCUGCAGCAAUAUUAUCUGCUGCGGCCCUAUAAGCACAAGGAUAUUUACCUUGUCUACCUCCUCCAUGAAUUUAUUGGCCAGUCCGUUAUCAUCUUCAUGCGCACCGUGCAUGAAACUCAGCGUGUCGCUUUCUUGCUGCGCGGUCUGGGCUUCGGCGCAAUCCCAAUUCAUGGACAGAUGUCGCAAUCUGCUCGUCUGGGAGCACUGGGCAAAUUCCGUUCCAAGAGUCGAGAGAUUCUGGUCGCCACUGACGUUGCUGCUCGUGGUUUGGAUAUUCCCAGUGUGGAUGUGGUUCUCAACUACGAUCUUCCGUCGGAUAGUAAAACAUAUAUUCACCGUGUGGGUCGAACCGCGCGUGCUGGAAAGAGUGGAAAAGCUAUCUCCCUCGUCUCGCAAUACGACGUGGAAGUUUGGCAGCGUAUAGAAUCAGCACUUGGAAAAGAGCUUCCUGAAUAUGAUGUGGAUAAAGAAGAGGCCAUGGUCUUUGCUGAAAGAACCAGUGAUUCACAGCGUGACGCCAUUCAGGCGAUGAAGCAUUAUGAUGAGAAGAAGGGAAGUAAAGGCAAAGGAAAGUUCUCCUUUAAGGGCAAGCGAAGUCGGGAUGCCAUGGAUCAGGAAGAGGGCUAG